UCGUACGAAGUCCUUCGGUGGGAAGAGUUAUUUGUUCAAUUUGACUUAACUUUCGCGAUGAUUCUCCCAUAAAUUGCUAUAAUAAUCGCCUGUUACGAUUAACGAUACGCACUGAACUGAAAAGAUGGCAUACGAUGUUUCUGUGUGAAAAUUCGAUCCAUUAUACGGUUAUUUUUGUGAUCAAUUCAGAUGUUAAACUGCGCUUAAACGAGAGUUUUACCCUCCCGCACUUUGUUUCGAAACGACAGCGUGCGUGUCACGUGUCACAUCUGAUUGCGGUUGAUUUCAUUAGUUUCAAUCAGUAUUAGCGCCUCUCUCUGCAUGCGUAUAUAGUGCGUGAGUGCAUUCGUACAAAUGAUUUGCAAAUUACUUAUUUUCCGGAAAAAAUAUGAUCAGGUUGAUUAAAACAAACAUUAUUAUUUAGUAGAAAGUUCAAAAAAAUUCAUAGUGAAAUUCAAGUUGUAACGAGUGCAGUUUGUGUGAUCAAAUUAAUUAAAUUGCUCAUUCGGUUAGGUUCAAGAUCAGAUUUGACGACUCUAAAUAGAGCUGGGACAGGACCGUAAUUAAGAAAAAGGAGAAGUUCCGGCUCUGAUAAAGGGUAGAAUCAAAUCUUUGUUAAUUCAAUGAGAGAGUUUAAAGUUGAAACUUCCGCAUGAUGUACGACCAAUGUAUUAGUACAUCAAUCGAUCGACGGCGGGUGGCACAUAUAACGCAAAAUUCGAAAUAACGUGAUUUGUGCGAAACGUUUCGCGCGAAAAAUGCGUUGGAUUUUAUUGUUGAUGUUAGUGCGUGCGAUAUGGUGCGCGCACGGCGCCUGCGAACCGAUCAGAAUCGAAAUGUGUCGCGGCCUUGGCUACAACGUUACUGUCAUGCCGAAUCUGGUCGGUAACGAGAUCCAAGGCGAUGCCGAUUUUACUUUACAAACAUUCAGUCCACUUAUUCAAUAUGGAUGCAGCGCGCAAUUACAUCUGUUCCUAUGCUCGGUUUACGCACCGAUGUGCACGGAAAAAGUCCCUGCCCCUAUAGGGCCUUGCCGGAGUCUGUGCGAGCAAGUGCGAGCCCGUUGCUUUCCGGUUCUUCAAGGAUUCGGCUUUCCUUGGCCCGCUGCAUUGAACUGCUCCAAGUUUCCGCCAGAAAAUAAUCAUCAGCACAUGUGCAUGGAAGGUCCGGGCGAGCCUGGACCAGCUAAUCCAAUCCAGCCUUUUCAGACGAUGAGUGCCGGCAACGGACCCUGGGGCUGUUCCUGGUAUGCCAAGUCUGGAUUGUACAUCUUCUUGAAUCGUUCGGGAAGAUGCGCUGCUGCUUGCGACGCUGAUAUUUUGUGGUCCCAAAAGGACAAGAAGCUUACAGAGGCCUGGAUGACCAUAUUCGCAUCGGCGUGCCUCAUCUCUGUCGUGAUUGCCAUUCUGACGCUUUUAAAACCAUGUAAACGGUCUGCACUGAACACCACUGCAGAGCGUGCAAUAAUCUGCCUGAUGAUCUGCCACACGGUAGUAGCAAUUGGCUAUGUGAUUCGAUUGGCCGCUGGCCGGCUGAACGUCGCCUGUACACCCGUAAUUCCGUUGCACCCACAAGAUCAGAUUGCCUUGGCCCAGCAGCAGCAGCAGCAGCAGCAACAACAACAACAACAACAACAACAAGAACAACAGCAACAGUACCUCACGCAGGAUGGUUUAGCUAAUCCUUACUGCGCCGUCGUUUUUCUACUACUUUAUUAUUUCGGAUUCGCCGCAAUUGCAUGAUUUUUUCGGUCUUCGGAUAAACGAGGACUACUCGGUAUAUGAGGUGAGUCGAGAGGAAUCUUGUUGCCAGAUAUGCAUGGAGUCAAUGGCAUUCCACCUUAGAGAAAGCAAGCGGCUAUGAGAGGGAGAGAAAAAGCGCGAGAAAAGCAGAACGGAUAGAGAGACGAGGAAGUGGAGGAAGCAACCUUUGGUUUCGAACCAAGCGCAGAGCACAAUGAUUCACAAUGCAUGGAUGCAAUUUGCGAUCGCGACUGUGCAAAUAAAUUUUGCGAUU